UCCCUCCCGUUUUCCGUAUGACGUGUAAACAGUGCGACAUGUGACAUGAUUCCGCACGAACACAGCGAUGUUAUUGUUAGGAAAAGCAACAAGACGGAUAGUAUGGUGCACCUUCCACUUGGCCGACCUUUGCAAUUCCGACGUGCCACGACUGCCGGCCGGUGUCCUUCUGUUGAACUGAGCCCGGCCUCGGACGCCUGUGAAAUGAUCCCGCCAAGCGUCCGGCGCUGGACGCCCAAGCACGUGGCCGAGUGGCUGAAGGAUGAGGGCUUCUGCGACUACGUGGACCUGCUGUGCCACAAGCACCGGCUGGACGGCAGCAGCCUGCUGGCCCUCAGCGAGUAUGACCUGCGCUCGCCCCCGCUGAAGCUCAAAGUGCUGGGCGACAUCAAGCGCCUCAUGGCGUCCCUCCGCAAGCUCCAGAAGCAGAACUUGGACGCUUUGGAGGAGCUGGGCCUGCCCUUCGACGGCCACUCGCCCACCGGCUCGGGCGACUGGUUAUGCAACGGCGAGCCGGCGCAGGCCUCCGACGGCGCCGACACGGCGCCUGUCGGCGAGGAGUAUCAGAAGUACACUAACGGCAAGUACAAGCUGCAGACCCGGCGGCUGGACCCCGAGUACUGGAAGACGGUGCUGAGCUCCGUCUACGUGGUCUUUGUGUUCGGGUUCACGUCCUUCGUCAUGGUCAUCGUGCACGAGAGGGUCCCCGACAUGGCCACGUACCGGCCCCUCCCUGACAUAUUUCUGGACAGCGUGCCUCGAAUCCCGUGGGCCUUCGCCAUGGCCGAGGCCUGCGGCGUCAUCUUGUGUAUCAUCUGGCUGCUAGUUCUACUGUGGCACAAGCAUAGGUCAAUUCUCCUCCGGCGCAUGUGCAGCCUCAUGGGGACGGUGUUCAUGUUGCGCUGCAUCACCAUGUUCGUCACCUCCCUGUCCGUCCCGGGGCAGCACCUGCAGUGCUCCGGAAAGAUGUACGGCGACACGUGGGCCAAGCUGCGGCGGGCUGUGGCCAUUUGGAGCGGCUUCGGCAUGACGCUGACGGGCGUACACACUUGCGGCGACUACAUGUUCAGCGGCCACACCGUCGUCAUCACCUUGUUCAACUUCUUUGUCACAGAGUACACCCCACGCAGCUGGCACUUCAUCCACACGCUGUCAUGGGUGCUCAACCUGUUUGGCAUCUUCUUCAUCUUGGCGGCGCACGAGCACUACUCCAUCGACGUCUUCAUCGCCUUCUACAUCACCACGCGCCUCUUCCUGUACUACCAUACGCUGGCCAACACACACGCCUACCAGCAGAGCCGCCGGGCACGCAUCUGGUUCCCCAUGUUCUCCUUCUUCGAGUGCAACGUCAACGGGCCCGUGCCCAACGAGUACUGCUGGCCCUUCUCGAAGCCCGCCGUCCUCAAAUCCAUCAUCGGCUAGAGGGGGGCGCCGUCCGUCCGAGGGAUUUUACACAGCCUGCCUUUGACUUCUGGGAUUUGUUUGGUCAAGAUGAGAAUCAGCCAAAGUUGUCUUCAGUGUGAUUCCAAUUGCCAAUGACUUUGCGCUUCGCUAUAUUCAUUUUCCCACUCUUGAUUCUGCACACAGCAUCUGAAAAUGACUACAUCGAAAAUGGAUUCAGAAACAAAUGUCGGAAUUAAUUUCACAGGGUCUUUCAUGUAAAAUGUGUUUAAAGAAAUGGAUGCACAGAAAAUUAUAAAUAUGAGUGUUUUGUGUUCUUGUGUAUAUUUUGAAAUAACUACCUGUUGGUCCAGAUAUUUUGUUCUGAUGGAGCCAUGCGUGUUUCAUGUGCUGCAGAUUUCCCAUUCCUGACAUAAUAUUUCUGCAAGAACAAUGUUAUUUAAGGGAUAUCUCUAAAAUCGAUGUUAACUUAUUCAACUUUUUGUGUUUUUUGUACUCAAGCAGCAACAUGCACACACUCAGACUUAUGUUUACUGUUGCUCAAAAUUGUGUGUUUGUGUGAGUGACAGGCACGAGGCUUUUUUUCUCCUUGUUUUUAAGUUGUACUGAUUGCCUUGUUGGAAUAUUUGUGUAACAAUGUUACAAAAAUAGCCACAGCCAUGGUUUCACAUAAUGUUUGCAAUGUUAAAUAGGACAUAAUGUGGAAAAUUAAUAUUUGCAUAGCAAUGUGAGUCCUGCACACCCAUCACGUGUGAAAUCUAUCAAGUAAAUGUCAUCUGCCUGUG